CCGGGAUCAGGGGCCGGAAGCGACCGUCCCCAGCGACUUCUUUACGGUGGCGAAUGCGACCUCCGUAGUUCCCCCAGAGUAGUCAGUGAACUCUUGGAAAUCUGAGACCAUGGAGGCAGCGCGCCCUCCCGCGACGGCGGGGAAGUUCGUGGUGGUCGGCGGCGGCAUCGCGGGUGUCACUUGUGCGGAGCAGUUGGCGAUUCAGUUUCCAUCAGAAGAGAUUCUCCUGGUAACAGCUUCUCCUGUUAUUAAAGCAGUUACAAAUUUCAAGCAGGUUUCUAAAGUAUUGGAGGAAUUUGAUGUUGAAGAACAACCAAGUACCAUGCUAGAAAACCGCUUCCCAAACAUUAAGGUUAUAGAAUCUGAAGUAAAGCAACUGAAAAGUGAAGAACAUUGCAUUUUAACCGAAGAUGGCAGUGAGCAUGUAUAUAAGAAACUCUGUCUGUGUGCUGGAGCUAAACCGAAGUUGAUAUGUGAAGGAAACCCUUAUGUAUUAGGAAUUCGUGAUACAGAUAGUGCUCAGGAAUUUCAGAAACAGCUUACUAAAGCUAAAAGAAUAAUGAUCAUAGGGAAUGGUGGUAUCGCGCUUGAAUUAGCGUAUGAAAUUGAAGGCUGUGAAGUAAUUUGGGCCAUUAAAGAUAAAGCAAUUGGAAAUACUUUCUUCGAUGCAGGAGCAGCUGAAUUCUUGACCUCAAAGCUCAUUGCUGAAAAACCAGAGGCUAAAAUUGCACAUAAAAGAACCAGGUAUACAACUGAAGGAAGGAAAAAGGAAGCAGAAACCAAAGCUAAUGUUGGUCAUAUAGGCAGUGCCUUAGGACCUGAUUGGCAUGAAGGCUUGAAUCUUAAAGGAACAAAAGAGUUUUCUCAUAAGAUUCACAUUGAAACUAUGUGUGAAGUUAAGAAAAUCUACCUUCUGAAAGAAUUUAGAUUUUCUAAGAAGAACUCCUUGAAUUUCCCAAGAGACCAUCAUAAUCAGUCAGUUACAACUGAUAAAGAGAUAUGGCCUGUAUAUGUGGAACUGACCAACGAAAAGAUAUAUGGCUGUGAUUUCAUUGUCAGUGCUACAGGAGUUACACCAAAUGUAGAACCUUUUCUCUGUGGCAACAAGUUUGCCCUAGGAGAAGACGGGGGCCUGAAAGUGGAUGAUCACAUGUGCACGUCCCUCCCUGACGUCUACGCCGCAGGCGACAUCUGCUCCGCAUCCUGGCAGCCCAGCCCGUUCUGGCAGCAGAUGAGGCUGUGGACCCAGGCUAGACAGAUGGGAUGGUAUGCAGCGAAGUGCAUGGCGGCAGCUACUUCAGGAGACUCUAUUGACAUGGAUUUCAGCUUCGAACUUUUUGCUCAUGUAACAAAGUUUUUUAACUAUAAGGUUGUACUGCUGGGAAAAUACAACGCACAGAGCUUGGGUUCAGACCAUGAAUUAAUGCUGAGAUGCACCAAAGGGCAAGAAUACAUCAAAGUCGUCAUGCAGAAUGGACGAAUGAUGGGAGCUGUGUUAAUUGGUGAAACCGAUUUAGAAGAAACAUUUGAAAACUUAAUAUUAAACCAGAUGAAUCUUUCAUCUUAUGGAGAAGACCUACUGGAUCCCAAUAUUGAUAUAGAAGAUUAUUUUGACUAAAAAGGACAUUUCGAGAAUCGCAUAAAGAUUCAAAUAAGACAAAAUGUCAAGUCAAUAAAGUAAGUGACUGCACUGAUUUAAUGAUGACCACACUGAGGUUAAAAAUACAGAAGUGACCAUGAUUUUAGUGGGAAAGUAUUUAAAAAUAAAAUUCUAAAGAUGAAGUCAAUACAGGUAACAUUUUUUUUCUAAUGCAAAACUGACUAUUUAUGUAAGAAUUUUCAAGUUAUUCAUUUCUGUGUGUUAACCUGAGAUGCCUCAUGAUUUAUUUUGGAGCAAAUUUAGCUAGGCUGUUCCUACCCUAGGCUUGGCCUGGCUAGCAAACCAGAGCCAUUCCUUGACUGUGAAAUGUCAAAAUAGGGCUGUGGUUUCAAGCUUUGAGUUUUAUUUUACUUAAGUAGAGAGCCGUCUUACUUGCUAAUCCUUGUAUUGAUACUUUAUUCCAUUCUAUAUUUGGAUUCUACAUCUCUUAUAACCUGAAAUCACUCACUUUUUGUGAUGAGCAUAUGUAAAAAUGUCAGUAUAAUAACAUUGCUGUCAAAAGACAGUUAUGUCAAAAGAAAAAAAGUACAAGGCAUAAAGAGUUUAAGAUAGUUAUGUAAAUCUACUCUCCUAAGUAUUUUACAUUUGGAGUUUUACAUUAAAAUUUAUUUUUCCCUCAUUUCAUACUGUACAUGAUUCAUGCUGCUAAAUUUUCAAAAGGUCUCAAAUUCUCAUGUCUUUAAAUACUUUAGAGAGAAGUGUUUAAAGUAUAGCUCCAUGUGUAUAAAAUAUUAAUGAAAGUGUCUUAAACUUUUGAUUAACUACAAAAAUAAUGGUGCAUACAUGCAUAAAACUGUUCUGUUCUUGGAAAAUUUCGAAACACUCAUCUCACGCAUCAUUGAUUUUUCUUUUCUUAGCCCCUGUAUUCUUAGACUCGUUGGCAGACUUCUUCCCGAAGUGAUCCAAACUUUUUCCUUCCCUCUUUUUAUCAGAGCCUUCAGAAUGACAAGUUUGAGGUGAUUCAGCCUACAAAACAAUAACAAAGCAAACACUGAUAAAUAUUCACCUAUUCUGCUUUCUCACGAGAUUAAUAAUCCCAAUACUCCUUCUGUGUCAGUUAGCUCUUUAAGUACCCAGUGGUCUGGUUUUUUAUCUUCAAAUUUCUACUCCAAUAUGAGUCCCAACUUGAAGGGAAGGGCCUAUGCCGUCAGGGAAACCCUAAAGAACACUGUAAGUGUCCUGAGACACGACCGUACACAGCAUGCUUUUGUAAGCUGGACAGUAUUUAGUUCAUAACUGCUCAUCCACCUCUGCUGCAGAGGCAGGAUUCUCAACCAACACUGAUCCCAACCAAAGUCAUGAGGGCAGGGCGCAUCACAGAACUGGGUGUUAAGAUGCAGGCUUCACACUCCAGAAGGUUAGAAAACUCUCCCAGUCUCUAUUCAAAGCCUAGUCUAAAUCCUUCCACUUAAUGUCUUCAACACCCAGAUUCUAAGUAGAACACUGACUUAACCUCCUCUUAUGUUCAACUGGACUUAGGAAAGUACUAGUUAAAGGGAAGCACCCACAGACUUCAAUGUAUUUUUAAAAUGCUUGAAAGUUAAGUCAGUUACCUUGAAACAGGGCUGUGUAGACUUCUUUAUUUGCAUAGUAAUAACAUGUGCCUCAUUGUUCAGAAGAUUAGCUUUAGGUCCAAUUUUCAAAUAUGAAAUGGUAGCGUAAGCUGUAAAACUGUAGUCUUCUCUGCAGAAGAUAAAGGCCACCAAUCAGAAAGGUUUUGUGGAGUUACAGAAAACAUACUGAAAUAUAUAAAAAUAAACUGUAAGUGCAAUAAUUUUAAGUAAUACAUUGGUAUGAAAUAAUGUAAGUUAUACUAUAAACACUCAAUUUAUAGAAACUGCUUUUUUUGACAUACAGUCAGUUAUGGUUGGAAUAUAUUAGGUAAAUUUUGUAUAGUGUUUAAAGUUCAAAUGAAACAACCACAAAACCAUUUGUUUUGUUGUAGUUAUAAAAAUGAGAAACUGUCAUAAAGAUACAUCAUGUUUUCUGGAAGAAAAUACCAAUUUUUGAUUCUUGUGAUUGAAUAAACUGUCAUUCUUAUGGUA